AUGAGCAGUAUGAAUAACUUUAAUAAUAACUAUGCCUUACCCUCUAAGGCAAUCAUGGAAUCAGGACAUGAUAUAGGAAUGCAUCGCAGAGAUGGCAAAGAAGAGUAUGGAGACCCAAUAUAUUUACAAAAAAAUUCUACUGCCGUACAAAGAGCGCUGAACACCCUUUCAAAAAGACUCAAAUGGCGAUCCAGUGCCAAUAAUAGCAACAAUAUCAAACGAACCCACAUUACCAAUCACAACAAUGCCAGAUGCGCUAUGUUUCAUAUAUUCAAUGAAUUGUUGUCCAAGGAGGAGGAAAAAGAAAAAAAUGAAGGGAAAAAGGAAGAAAAAAUUGAAGAGAAAGGAGAGAGUAAUGAAGAUGAAAAAGGAAAAAAUGAAGAAAAAAUAAGAAAAAAGGAAAAAAAUCUCAUGGAACAAAAGACAUUUUUAUGUCAGCAUCUGGAUCAGUUAACAAAUGGAACGAUAUGUCAAAGUCAGGAGAUGUGGGACUAUGGGAAUUGUGCAGAAACAAAUCCCUGGACCCACUUAACCAAAUUGAAACCUGAUUACUUAUGUGAACAGUUAGAUAAAAAUAAUCAGUUCGGAUUUUACCAGGUCACAAACAAAGAUUCAUUGGGCUCUAUAGAUGCAGAAUACACUGAGUUUCUCAAUGAAACAUUUGGAAUCACUGGUGUCCAGCCAGUAUUUAUAGAUCAUUCUGGAUUCGUCAUCUGGUUAUUGGAUAAAGUUGGCAAUAUGUAUCAAUGGAAUGAAAUGCAACGAAGCCUAAGGUAUAUGGAAAAAGAUUUUAUAGAUGGCCUCACAAAUCAUUUUAUAUACCCAGAAAAACUUUGUGAAGUUAUGGAGGACACGGGUGAGCUAAUUCCUGUAGAGGAGUUCAAGCGUAAAAUGGAAGAAAAGGCAAAAAGAAUGUAG